GUGUCGAAUUUUUCUGCGUCAGAAAAGGGCUUAACAAAACCAAGUGCCUCGUACGGAGUUUUAUAGCUAUCAAAAACGGUACAUAAUGUACUUUGCGAAUACUGUAAGCUAGUAACUAUAGCGCUGAGACUUAUCGCGAGAAACCCCGAGAACAUGGAAACAAGACAACAAAAAUAAAUUUGUGGACAACAAGCCAGAGUGCAUGAUGGCGGCGUCGCUGCUGCACUGGGACAAGAGAUCUACUGCUGCCCGCCUGAAGGCAGAGUUAACCCGGACUGACAACAGCUCCGGCCUCCGCCAGCUUCAGGAGCUGCUCGACGCUGUGCUAAAUCCCGAAAAAACUGCGGACACAGAAGCUCUUGACUGGUGUAAAUGUCUGAUAGCAGGAGGCGAAGGUUUCGAGGAGUUCUGUAAGACGGUCCGCUCCUAUGACAACGCUACUCUCUGCGGCUUGGUUUGGACGGCUAAUUUCGUAGCAUAUCGAUGUCGGACCUGUGGCAUCUCUCCGUGCAUGUCACUGUGUGCUGAGUGUUUCAACAACGGAGAACAUACGGGCCAUGAUUUCAACAUGUUCAGAAGCCAGGCUGGUGGGGCCUGUGAUUGUGGAGACAGUAAUGUCAUGAGAGACAGUGGCUUUUGCCAAAGGCAUAGGUUGCAAACUGGAGAAAAUGUCCCAUCAAUACCUCGAGAUCUUCUUCUGAUGUCUGAGAUGGUUCUCCCUCGCUUUAUCCUCAGCACCAUACAAUAUCUGAGGGAUGGAUACAUUGAAUCAGACACAUCAGCUGAGCGAGACCUACAGAAAGUUCUACAACAGCUGGAGCCUCAGAUCUCCUUCUUGGAAGAGCUCACAAAGAUGGGAGGAGCAAUGAGGACUGUCCUGACAAAGAUCUUAACCAAUCAGCAGACAUACAAGGAGCUGAGCAUGGGCCAGGAAGAGAACCUUUUUUCUAAAAAGAACUAUGAAAAGUACCUGGCAGCACUGAAGAAUUCAGGUCUGGUAUCUGUGGAGGAGAAAGCUCAAGCUGCUACAGCCGAUGUUACCGUUGGAGCAGAAGGAGGUGCAGGAGCCAUGGUCCUGCUAGGAUCUACUGGACCAGGCAGUCCAGAUGAAUCUACUAAAGAGGAGGAUCAAGAUGGAGGCCAGUCGGUUGGCCAGAGAAAGAGGGUUAAACUCAGCAGCAGUACCAAAGACCCUUUCAUCAUUGAAUCACUAAAGCAUAAAUGCUUUCUGGAGGAGUUGCUGUUUUGGACAAUAAAAUUUGAGUUUCCCCAGAAAAUGGUCACAUUCUUAUUAAACAUGCUACCAGAUCAGGAUUACAAGAUCACAUUUACAAAAACAUUUGUUCAGCAUUACGCCUUCAUCAUGAAAACGCUGAUGAAAAGCCACGAGUCUGAUACUAUGUCAAACCGCAUCGUGCACAUCAGCGUGCAACUGUUCAGCAAUGAGGAGCUGGCUCGGCACAUGACGGAGGAGUGCCAUCUGCUGGACAUCAUGGUCAUGGUCCUUCAUUACAUGAUGGAGAGUUGCCUUGUUAAAAGUGAACUCCAGGAUGAAGAAAACAAUCGGCAUGUUGUGGUAAACUGCAGUGAAGCGCUGCUGAAGAACAACACAUACUGGCCCCUAGUUAGUGAUUUCAUUAACAUCCUCUCACACCAAAGUGUAGCCAAAAAGUUCCUGGAGGACCACUCCUUACUGAUGCUGUGGAUGAGCUUUGUUUCAUUUUUCCAAGGGAUGAAUCUGAACAAACGAGAGUUGAACGAACAUGUGGAGUUUGAGUCUCAGACAUACUAUGCAGCAUUCGCCGCAGAGCUAGAGGCCUGUGCACAACCUAUGUGGGGUCUCUUAACACACUGCAAAGUCAAAGAGACUCAGGAAUACACAAAAACUGUGGUUCGCUACUGUUUGGAGGCCCUGCAGAUCUGGUUUGAUGCCAUUGGCUUCAUUGAUGAGCCAGCUCAGCAUCAAGUGACGUUCCACCUGCCGCUCCACCGCUACUAUGCCAUGUUCCUCAGCAGGGCUGUAAAAUGCCAAAGUUUGGAUUUGGACAGCCUGCUGCCAGACCAAGAGAUGCUGAUGAAGAUCAUGGUGCAUCCUCUCCAAAUCCAGGCGUGUCUUUCUGAGAUCCACAGCAACAUGUGGGUCAGAAAUGGUCUGCAGAUAAAAGGACAAGCUAUGACUUACGUGCAAUCACACUUCUGCAACUCCAUGAUUGACCCAGACAUCUAUCUACUCCAGGUUUGCGCAUCAAGACUGGAUCCUGACUAUUUUAUCUCAAGUGUCUUUGAGAGAUUUAAAGUAGUCGACCUUUUGACGAUGGCGUCUCAGCACCAAAACGCCGUGUUGGACUCUGAGCAGGAGAGGCCGAUGCUAGAAGGAGCACUGACCUUUCUGGUCAUCCUGACGAGCCUUCGCAUUCACCUGGGAAUGACGGAUGAUGAAAUCCUUCGAGCCGAGAUGGUCUCGCAGCUGUGCAUGAACGACCGUACGCACAGUGCGCUAUUAGAUCUCAUUCCUGAAAAUCCCAACCCAAAGAGUGGCAUUGUACCAGGUAGCUGUAGCUUUGAGGAUGUGCUCUCUGCCGUGGCUGAUUUCAAAGCUCCAGUGUUUGAGCCUGGAGGCUCCAUGCAGCAGGGAAUGUACACACCCAAAGCCGAGGUGUGGGAGAAGGAGUUCGACCCCAUCAUGGUCGUUCUCAGAACAGUCUAUCGCCGUGAUGUCCAGUCAGCCAUGGACAGAUACUCAGCUUUUUUGAAACAGUUUGGCAUUCAAACUGGAAACCCGUGGCCACCGUACAAGGAGAGGACUCCUCUGCAUCCCUGUUACAAAGGUUUAAUCCAGCUGCUGCACUGCAAGACUUUGCACAUCGUGAUCUUUACUCUCCUUUACAAGAUAUGGAUGGAUCACCAGAACAUGUCGGAGCACGUGCUGUGCAUGGUUCUGUACCUGAUCGAGCUGGGCUUAGACAACCAGGUUCAGGACAACAAGGAGGAUGAGGAGCCUUGCAUCGAGGAGCACUGUCAUGACAGCUGGUUCCCAGGCACCAAUCUUCUUUCCAAUCUGCACCAUGUCAUCAACUUUGUAAGGGUUAGAGUUCCUGAAACGGCUCCUGAGGUGAAGAGGGAGGCCCCUCCCAGUACCAGCACUGAGGCUUCCUCCUACGGCCAGAACCUACGGGAGGCUCAGGUGUUCAGCCUGGUGGCAGAGCGCAGGAGGAAGUUCCAGGAGAUAAUCAACCGAAGCAACACCGAAGCCGCUCAGGUCGUCAGGCCCAAGAGCUCCUCUACACGCUGGGUUUCACCUGGGACGCCCCCCCAGCUGGUCACCGAGAUCCUGGAGAUCCGAGAAAGCAUGCUGUCCCUCCUUGUCAAGCUCCACCAGAAGAUGUCGUUAAAGCAGAACUCUCUGUCGACGUCCUGGCUGGAGGACAUGGACACGAGUCGCCACACACAUGGAGACGGCAUUACGGCCAUCGAACGCAUCCUCACCAAGGCGGCCACACGCAGCUGCCAGAUCAAGCGGAGCAUCCAGGACAUUUGUGGGAAGGUUUGUCCUCCAGUGCCACCAAAGAAGAACAGUCCCACGGACAAGAAAACCAUGGACAAAGAAGAAAGGCGUCAGAGAGCUCGGGAGAGGCAGCAGAAACUGCUCGCUGAAUUUGCAUCAAGACAGAAGAGUUUUAUGGAAACGGCCAUGGAUGUUGAAUCCCCAGAGACCGAGGCAGCUAUGGAUUUAGGACCGUCUGAAGUGAUGGAGUCUGAGGUUCUGUAUGACUGUGUGAUCUGUGGACAGAGUGGACCGUCCACUGAAGACCGUCCAACUGGUUUAGUGGUUCUCCUCCAGGCAACCUCAGUUCUUGGGCACCGCUGCAAAAGUAAACAGGCUAAGAAUCUGCCGACGAGUGAUGAAGAGCACAUAUACCCCGCAGACACGUGUGGUGUUGCUCACGAUCUCAGACUCACGCUGAUGCAGCAGUUCUUCAAAGACAGCUCCUGUUUGCAGUCUGUGUCAAUCGGCUGGGAUGGCGGCGUCUAUGUUCAGACCUGCGGACACACUUUGCAUAUAGACUGCCAUAAAUCAUACAUGGAGUCUCUGAGGAACGACCAGGUCCUCCAGGGGUUCUCUGUGGAUAAGGGUGAAUUCACGUGUCCACUGUGCCGGCAGUUUGCCAAUAGUGUCCUUCCUUGUCGCCCUGGUCGAGGCUCAGAAGCCAGUGGAUGGCACGCGCCCACAAACAAAACAACAAGUGUACUUGUAAAGGAAGUGGACGAUCUUCAGGAGAAACUUGGCCUUUUUCCGACGGAGUCCAACUUGAGCAAAGAGAUGGAGCUGGUAAUUAAAGACAUCAAGAAUACUACUCAGAAAAAAUACAUGGAUUAUGGGAAGAACCCAGGUUCUCCUGACAACGAUUUCCUCUUCAUGUAUUCAGUAGCAAGGACCAACUUGGAGCUUGAACUUGUGCAUCGGGGAGGAAACUUGUGCUCUGGAGGAGCCAGUGCAGCUGCCAAGCGCUCGUGUCUGAAUCAGCUGUUUCACGUGUUGGCCAUGCACAUGCGUCUUUACAGCAUCGAUUCAGCCUACAACCCCUGGACAAAGUUGACUCGGGUUGCAAUAAAUAAAGAGGCAGACAUCUUUGAUGAAGAGAGACCCGAGGUCCCCAUGCUGUUUCGAGAUGUCCCGUCCCUUCUCAUUAUCUUUGUGCUAACAAUGCCACAGCCUCUGCGUAAAGAGCACUUUACCUGUGUGGUCAAGAUGUUGUUCAACCUACAGUUCAUUCAGGCUUUGGCUAUACUUUCAACCAAAUUCAGCCCAGAGGAACGGCAGGCCUGGGUCACUUCUGGAGCACUUAAAAAGAAUGCUGCAAACUCCGAGAGAUCUGUUGAAGCUCUCCUCAGUCACGUUAUCGUCGAGCUCUCAAAGGACAAGAGUGUUUACAAGGUGAACGCUGAUGAAACAACAAUGCUGAGCUCCAGUGUGUGGUCUCCACAGUCCAUCGAGAUCAGCCUCCAGCAGUUCUGUCUGCCCUUCCUUCGCCUCUCCUGCCUUCUGCAGCACCACCUUUACGGAGACAACCUAACAGGUUGCCUGGAGGAAGAGGAGUUUUCAUCCCUUGCUGUGUGUUUGGGGCUUUUGCCCUCAACUCCUCCGCCUUCCAGCGCCGUGCACAGUGCCUCAUGUCUGCAGUGGCCCGUCAACGCCUUUGACUUGGUGUCGCAGUGGAGCGAUGAGGUCACAGGGCUGACUCGGAGUCCAGAGCAAUCACUGACCUUGCUGGUCCAGGAUCCUCAGUGGACGCCCCCUCGUCUUCUCCAGCUACCUGACAACUAUAAUAUCAUCUUCCAGUACUACCACAGAAAGGCCUGCACUGUCUGCAAAAAGGUGCCAAAAGACCCCGCACUCUGCCUUGUGUGCGGCACUUUUGUCUGUCUCAAAGGCGUGUGCUGCAAACAGCAGGGGACCUGUGAAUGUGUGUUGCACUCCCAACAUUGUGGCGCAGCUACAGGCAUCUUCCUGCUGAUUAAUGCCUCCGUCAUCAUCAUCAUCCGUGGACACCGUUUCUGUCUGUGGGGCUCGGUUUACCUCGAUGCUCACGGUGAAGAAGAUCGCGACCUACGCCGUGGAAAGCCCCUUUUCUUAUGCGAGGAGAGGUAUCGAGUGUUGGAGCAGCAGUGGGUUUCUCACACCUUUGAUCACAUCAAUAAACGUUGGGGGCCUCACUACAACGGACUCUAAGGUCUUCCGAAUGAAAAUAAAACCCAACAUGGAGUCUUUUAAAAACAUAUUAUAGUUAUUAUCAUUUUUUCCUGGCUCGUGUCUGCCUUGAUCGAAAUACUUGGGUAGUUUUAACUUGAUAAACACAAAACACCCAGGGAGGCGUUCGGUGUACGUGAAGUUUGGUGUACAGUCUCGCCGAAAAGCUAAAACACUCGUGUGUGUGUUCAGGUGAUUUAUUGUGUGGUCUUCAGCAGGGAAAAGCACAACUGAAUGCGGCUGAAGUUAAAUUUUUUUUAUAAAGCACAACUUUACCCAGAGAUUAAGUUGGCUUCAUUGGAGUGGACUUUAAAAGGCGUUGCUUGUUUAGGUUAAAAGGAAAAAACUCAUGUAUAUCAAGAAUUGAAGGUCUCUGCAGGAAUGAUCGUUUUUGCACCGUUUUCUAUUUUAUUACUACAUAUCCAUUCUAUUUAUCAAAACGGACUCUGCUGUGCUGGCAUGAGUUUUAAGCUCCUGAUGAGUGCAGCCAUGUUUUUUUUUUGCAGUUUGCACUCGUCCCUCUGCUGAUGGUGGGCAAGACCAAGUCCAAGCGUCAACACUCGAGAGUUUUCCUUUGCGAACAAGCAAAGCCUCUGUCUGGGUCUAGUUGCAAUCCAUCCUCAGGAAAUUUUUUUCUUUUCUUUUUUGGGUGUUUUUUUGCUGUUUGUUUUUAGAUAUUUAAAAAAAAAUAAAAAAAACAAAUGCUGCUGCUCAUUGUUCAAGUCAGUAAUUUUAACUUUUGUGAAGAUUUUGUUUUCUAAGAUUGUGCUUUGAGUUUACAGUAGAUGGCUGGCAUUGUUCUAUCAAACUCACUUUAAUGUUUAGGGUCGUUGCUGGGUUGCACCCACUCCUGGUAUCUAAUCGCUCUUUUUUUUUAAUCUGAAGGUGAAAAUCAGGAAUCCGUUUUUAUUUUCAUUGGGAAAACUCAGCACUUUGAUUAUGGCAUCAGAUCUAUUAAGUAAGAAGUAAUUGUUCUUUCAGUGCCGAACAGAUACAUUUAUUAUGAUUAUCUCAAACUCCCGUAGUUGUGAAUCAUAGUUGCAUUCCGACUUUACAAUAUCCAACUUCAGUACCCGUUCUUGUGCAUGACGUCCUUUAAGCCACUUCAUUUUUCUGAUCAUAUUUCUUUCUAGAAAAGAGGAAAUUUCAUUCAUUCGUGUGCAUCAAUGCAUUUUGCCAAGUGAAUAAACGGCUGACAUUCCUGCUGUUUGCAAAUGCCGAGCCACGUCUUGGAAUCAUCAGAGAAAUUCAGAACUUCCUUUAGAAUAUUUUUCAUGCGGUUUUUUUGUUCGCUGGGUUUCUCAUUUUCAUUAAAUUAUUCAUUUUUUUUGCAAUUCCCACUCUGUAAAUGACCGCAACAGCCAACGAGUGAUGGGUGUAAGUCGUAACGGAGAGCUUCGGUGUGUUUUUCCUGUGUGAAUGACGAGAGAAUACAGUACAUUACUGUAGGUGCUGACUCAAACUUUUGAGUUUGACCAGGAUUUAUGACUUUGGACAUUUAAUGCAAAAUGUAACAUAUGUGAAUAAAAGAAAAAAGCACACUAA